GGGUCGCACGAGCCCUCUCUCGCGAGAGCUGAAGUCUCGCGCGAAGCGGCAAGGAGGUUCCGGGAGGCGGACGCGCUUCCGGGGUCGCGUCCGCUGGCGCGCGGGGGAGUUUGCGAACGACGCGGCCGGUACCAUGUUCGUGACCGCCCUCCUCCUCCGCAAUCGCAUUCCUGGCAGCCAGUGGAUCGGGAAGCACCGGCGGCCGCGCGCCGUGUCUUUCCACGCGAAGCAGAACAUGAUCCGUCGCCUGGAGAUAGAGGCGGAGAACCAUUACUGGCUGAGCAUGCCCUACCUCACCGCGGAGCAGGAGUACGGCCACGCCGCGGGGCGCCGGGCGGCGGCCUUCGAGGCCAUCAAGGCGGCCAGCGUGUCCAAGUUCCCCCCCCACAGAUUUGUGGUAGACCAGCUCGACCAUCUCAAUGUCACCAAGAAGUGGUCCUAACCCAGCGCCACCGCCUUUCAGCUGGACGGAUCGCGGGGCUGCCAUCUCUGUGACCCGAUUCUGGAACUGAAAAGCUAACCUCUAGAGAGAAAAUGAACCUUUGGACCGGAGUCUUAAUGGACAGCAAAGAGGAACGUAGUGGUCUGCAUGUAGAAUAUCUGGGGCUCCAAAUUCUUUAAUACUUGAGAGUCUGAUCUCUGUCGCAUUGUUUCCUUUUUCUUUAUCCUCAUAGGAAGAUACAGGAGAUUUCCUGGGUCACAGAGGAUAUGAAAUGUAUUUUGGAUGGAAGCUUCAAAAAAAAAAAAAAAAAACAAAACUGAGCUAUGGUUUGGAAUCUGUGCCUCAGUAUGAAGAUAGUUGAUGGGGGCUUUAUAAAAUAUAAAUUGGUUUGCUUACCUUCUGUGGAAACAUCGCCUAAACAUAAAUGAAAAAGUGAAAUAAAUGAAAAUGAAACUCUGAAAAAGUU